CUCCCCAUGUGCUCCCAACCCCCUAGCUGACGGCCGCACUGCAGAAGGUCAGAGAGAGGAGAAGAGGAGAGGAAGAGGAGGCUGAGGCAGAGACGGGCAGGGGCGGGAGUGGCUUGGAUGUACACGAACAUGCCGAGAGGAGAGCCAGCUGACAAGCCAUGACAACCAUGCUGAGUCCCAAGAUCAGACAGGCCAGAAGAGCCAGGUCCAAAAGCAUGGUGAUGGGCGAGGUGACACGGGGCUCCUGCCAGCCGGCUUCGCCCAGCCUCCAGGAGGGGGCGCUGAAGGCUGGCUGGCUGAAGAAGCAGCGCAGCAUCAUGAAGAACUGGCAGCUGAGGUGGUUCGUGCUGCGGGCAGAUCAACUAUUUUUCUACAAAGAUGAGGAGGAAACCAAACCACAGGCAGAAAGAGAGAGACUGACUGUCACAAAGACUAAAAAGUGUCACGAGGACUCUAAGCGUGUGGGCUAUAAGAGCCUGAAGAUCACAAUUUCCUCCAUGCAGGCAAACGAGUUUUCACUGUAA